AUGGGAGCGGUAAAGUCACGCGCACAGAUCUGCUACUUGGGUCUGGACACCAACAUCCUCAUCAAGCAUCUCAAUAUCCUCAGGACAUUGCAUGCUAUCCUAGCCGCUCUCGAGCCGCAAGAAGUGCUCAUACUCGUCCCAUCAAAAGUCAUCCAAGAAAUAGACGGUCUGAAGCAUUCGACCGCCUUGCCAGAUAUCCACUCACCUGAGGACGUGGGCACUUUGGCACGAACAGCCAACAAUUGGCUCCUCGAGACGCAUCGAGCUAGGAGAGAAGGCGAACGCUCGGCUCUGAGAUGCCAGAGCUUGAAGGAGAGACGCAGUCGAGGAGUUGUGGGGGAAAAUGCCGACGACGAGAUCCUAGACUGCUGCUUAUACUUUGAAGAGAUGGGUGGAAAGGUGGCUUUAUGGACAAACGACAAGAACCUUGGGGUCAAAGCCGAGAUCAACCACGUCCCAACAAUAGGAGGACAGCACAUUUCCCUCUCAACGAUCUUGUUUGCAACAGGAGUCAACUUUCCGAAAGAGCUGUGGGAACAAGUCUAUGAGUUGGAGGGUCAUCCUCAACCUGCAAACAGCGUGGCUGAUGGCGAUGUCCAUAUGGGUGCCGAGAGUAUACAACAUACGUCUUCGCAUCGGCCAAUACAGCCUAUCUCAACGGCCCCAAAAUACUUCCAAGAUCUGCCUCCUAUCUUCCUACCUGGAAGUUCUGAAGUGCAACACGUACAUACAAGUCCUCAGCCUGCUGGCGGGGUACAUAAUUAUCCUUUAUUACACGGAGGCGUGCAAGAGUACAUAGCAGGAGGAAACGAAGAAGGGAUGGCGAUUGAUGAAAUGCUAACCACAGAUCCAAUAUACUCGACUGCCCGCUUAGGGUCCACAUCCUCUUCGACAUCUCCGCCACCAUCGGCAGUACCCAACAGGUACACCAACCCCCCGCCGCCAGCUGGGCCCCGUCCGUCCAAGCUCAUGCUCACCUCCUUACGACUCGCCCUCCUCCCCCCGACAUUGGCUCUGCUGUCAAACCCUACUUAUGCGCCGCAUCUGAAGGUGUCGCCCCCUCCCCCGACCACUCUUCCCACAGACAAGAUCCUCACUACCUUGUUUGACGCCUUCUCCACCUUGGACAAGUACUGUUCGUCCAAGGGGUUCGAGAUGGAUGAUCCAACGCGGCUGCAGCUUAUACAAGCUACCAGCUCGAUCAAGGUGGUGCAGAUUUAUGUGGCUUGCCAUGAGAUGGGGCUUGGCGGGGUCAGGAGGGUGAAGACGGGGGAUAUGGUGUAUGCGCUGGGGGAGCUGAAGAGGAUCAUGGAAGGGUUGGGAGUGGGGUGGAAGGGCGAUCUGGAAGAUGUGUUGGACGACUUUAGAGGAUACGAAUAG